GGAUUGACUGGCUCGGGAGCCCUCGAGGAGCUCCGAGCUCUCAGCGACUAUGCUGGCGAGAGCGCCACCGUCGCUCCGCUCGAUUUUGAUAAUAUCAAUAGUCUCUCGCUCCCAGACGAGGGUUACAAGCCUGUGCCGCUUGACGCGCUGGGAGGGGAUGCUGGCCGCAAGAUAGUCGAGCGGCUUCAUGGUAUGAUGUUGCCCCAGUCUGAGGGUCGUGCUCGGAACGAGUCUGAGGGCCCCCGGAAGCUCUACACCGACCCGGCGCUGAGGAACCCCAAGCUGCACGCCCAGCUGCUGCGGAUCCUCGAGCGUCGGAAUCUUCUCGAUUUCUACAAGGACAAGUGUUGCAACGUAGGUGUCUUCUUCGUUUACAAGAAGUCUGGCAAGCUGCGGCUCAUCCUGGACGGCAGGCACGCAUCUCUGCGCUUCCAGGUCCCCGACAAAGUCGCUCUAGCGUCGGGUGCGACCUUCGCCGGCCUCCACGCGGAUGGGGGCAAGCCCAUCGCGGUGGCGGAGGUCGACCUGGCGGACGCGUUCUACACGAUGCUGCUGCCUCCGAAGUUCAGGAGGUACUUCGCGCUACCUGGCUGCCGCGCUGGGUUGCUGGGCCUCGAGAGCACCGCGGACGGGCGGCGCCUGGCGGGAACCGACCUGGUGUCCCCGUGCUUCAGGUGCCCCCCGAUGGGCUGCUCCUUCAGCCCGUGGAUCUGCCAGGCGAUGCUGGAGGGGAUGGCUCUGAAGGCGCCCCAGCUCUCCCUCGUGAACCGCUUCGUGGACCGCCGACCUGUGCCGCAGGUGUCCGAGGGUGUGAUUAAUACCGAGUACGUGGACAAUGCGAUCAGCUUCUCUACGGACUUGGAGACGGCGGCCGCCGCUGCGUCGGCCGUGGACUCGAACCUUCGUGCAGCGGGACUCCCUACCCACGGAGUCGAGUGCAGUUUUGGCGCCGUGGCACUGGGCUGGCAGUUCGACGAGAAGUCCCCGAUCAUCGGGCUGAACCCAGCGCUCCGCUUGAAGCUGAGGUUGGCCUUCCUGGAGCUGUGCCGGAGGGGAUAUGCCUCGGGCAAGACGAUCUCGCGCGUGGUGUCAAAUUUCACCUCGCGGGGUCUGAUUCGCCGAGAGCUUUUGUUGUCCGCUCUCUUCUCGCUGUACGCCUUUUCUGCCCAGUAUGGAGGCCGCACGGCGCGGCUGUGGCCCUCUUGCCUCCGCGAGCUUCGUUGGUGCGCCAGCCUUGUCGUGUUCUGUUUCAGGCACGCUGGCGCCUCGUUCGACAGCACGCUCACGAUGGUGGACUCAUCGUGGUGGGGAGUUGGAGUCACUCAGAAAAAGUCGUCUGCCCCAGUCGCUCGUGAGCUCUCCAAGUACAGUGAGAGAUGGAGAUUCAGUACUCAUCAGGAGUCCGAGGUGUCGCAUCGGCCCCACGCCUUCAAGUCGGCGACCUCCGCCGACCUCUUCACCCCAGAGUCGGUCUUCACCAUCGACUGCUCCGAGAACCCGAAGGCACCGAUCAAGGAGCCCCUGGAGGUGCCCGUAGAAGGGCCUUUCAAGGAGUCCGCGAUGAAGAGGGUGCACGUGGAGGAGGAGAUGGUCAAUGACAUCGAGGAGGAGGAGGAGUUCCCCGAAAUCCCAUGCGACGUCUGGGCGAAAGGCUGGGUCCCGAUGGGCCGCGCGUGCCGGCAGCUGGCGGCCCUUUCGCUGGCUAGCGGCGCUGCAUUCUUCUGGCGCUGGGCCCCCUCGGAGAGGAACUCGGCCGACCGCGCCUCCAGGAACCUGCCGGGCGUGGGCUACGCGGCCGCGGCGAGGCAGCCCCGGGGCGGGGGCUGGCGGGAUCGGCCCCAUCGGUCGCUCCUCGAGCUGAGGGCCGUGAAGGACAGAACCGCCUCGGGCUACCAGGUCCGAUACCGAGCUUUCCUGAUUUGGUCGACGAAGGCGCGCCUGUCGGUGGCGAGCUUCACGGACCUGGGGGCCGACUGGAUGUUGGCGAACGACUCCUUGGCCGCCGCCCGAACGGCCGUGCUGACUUCCGUCCUCGGCCUGGGGCCGUCGGAGACGCUGUCGCUGCGCGCCCAGCCAGUCGUGCAGUCGGUCAGGGCUGGCCCACAGCAUCUGGGCAUGUACUCGAUCCUGUUGUUUCCCGCGGAGCUCAGGGUGAUGUCGAAGACCCAGGGCUACGACGCCAGUCUCCAGGUGGACAACCAGGAGUUCAGCGGGGUCGACCAGCUGCUGGAUUGCUUCGUGGAGAGACGCGCGGUCGACGCGCCCUUGUUCUACCUGGACAUGAGGUCCUGGGUGCGGGCGCUCCUGCAGGCGGGCGCCGCCCUCGGACUGGGCGCCCUCGGCCCCCCAAAUCUUCAUCAACUGCGCCACGGGGGGGCCAGCCCCGAGUGGCCGACGAACGCCUGGGAGUUCGGCAACAUCAAGAAGCGCAGGCAGUGGGAGGCCGUCAGGAGCCUCAUGCAGUACGCGAGGGAUGGUCGAGUUCAAGUGGAGCUGCG